GGCUCACUCUUUCCCUCCCGUUCGGAGAGAGAUCAUUCGAAACACUGAAAACUAGGGUUUCCAUAAACCCUAGAGCAGUACCAUCCUCUUCAUCAAUGGCCGGCGACGCCGACAUGGCCGGCUGGACCGACCUUCUCCACACCUCCUCCAAGCUCCUUGAGCAGGCCGCUCCGUCCGCGCAGUUCCCCACUCUCCAGAGAAAUCUGGAUCAGUUGGAGGUGCUAUCGAAGAAGCUCAAAACCAAAACUCUACGGUCCGAGGCUCCAACUCAGUCCGUCGCGGCCACCAGGCUGCUUGCUCGGGAAGGAUUGAGUGCUGAGCAGCUUGCGCGGGAUCUCAAGUCUUUUGAAAUUAAGACAACUUAUGAGGAUGUUUUCCCAUCUGAGGCAACAACUGUUGAGGAGUAUUUGCAGCAGGUUCAUGAAAUGGCAAUGAUCUCAUCUAUUCAAGAAGCCCAACGGGACAAUUUACGAAGCUAUAAUGAUUACAUGAUGCAAGUUUUGGAGGAUGACUGGCAAAAAGAAAAGCGGGACUUCUUGCAAAGUUUAAGCCGCCUUUCUACAUUACCCAGAACAAAUAACAAUUUGUUAAGCAGUGGGUUGGCUCGUAGUGGACAAAUGUUGUCUCCAGCUUCUAGUUCUCAGGUCUCUUCAGGUCAAUCAGCAAUAAGCCUGAUGCCUCUAGCUAACAGGCCUAUCAUCGAAAAGAAAGCUUCAGUUUAUGCAGAGAUUGUUAAAAAUUUGAAUGACACAAGGGGGCGGGGAUUACCUUCUAAUCCCGCUACAGCUUUCAGGAGUACUUAUGAAGGUAUGGAGCUUGACACCUCUGGUGGGAAAUCAGUUACCAUGCAGAAAAUCUGGCAUUUGAUUCAGUCAUUGGUUGGUGAAGAAUCCACCAUGGUUCAGCAGAAUGUCUCAAGAAAAAUGUCACUGGUAAUAGGAGCAAGACACCACCUUGAGUGGGGACAUGAGAAGUACAUCUUGGAUACCAUCCAAAGCCAUCCUGCACAGGCUGCUCUAGGUGGCGCUGUUGGCAAUCUGCAAAAAAUUCGGGCAUUUCUCCGGGUUCGACUGAGGGAUCAUGGUGUCCUAGACUUUGAUUCAGGCGAUGCACGGAGGCAGCCACCAGUUGACACAACUUGGCAGCAGAUAUAUUAUUGCUUAAGAACUGGAUAUUAUGAUGAGGCAAGGUUUGUUGCUCAAUCCUCUCGUGUUGCUCACCAGUUUGCUCCUCAGCUUGCAGAGUGGAUAACAACUGGAGGCUUGGUGUCAUCAGAGACUGCUGUUGCCGCAUCAGAAGAAUGUGAGAAAAUGCUGCGAAUGGGUGAUCGAGCUGGGCGGCCUGGUUAUGAUAGGAAGAAGCUACUGCUUUAUGCUAUAAUUUCUGGUUGUCGGCAUCAAAUUGAUCGGCUGCUCAAAGAUCUACCCACGCUUUUCAAUACUAUUGAAGAUUUCUUGUGGUUCAAACUUUCAUCAGUACGUGAUAGUUCUAGUGGAGCCACCUCUCUUGUUCUAAGUGAAGGUUUAGUACCCUACAGUCUCGAUGAUCUCCAGGGUUACUUGAACAAAUUUGAGCCAUCAUACUACACAAAAAAUGGAAAAGAUCCCUUGGUUUAUCCAUAUGUUUUACUUCUGAGUAUUCAGUUAGUUCCUGCAGUCUUAUAUUUGUCCAAGGAAAUAGGUGAUGAAGGAUACAAUGUUGAUGCUGUACAUAUUGCAAUUGUUUUAGCAGACAAGGGCAUUCUUUCUGAUGGUGCUGGCGCUAGCCAAAAAAUAGGAAUAAUGGAUGCUUGUGCUGAAACAGCUAGCAUAAUACGACAAUAUGGUUCAGUCUAUCUGCGACAUGGUAAUCUUGAGCUUGCUCUAGAAUAUUAUGCGCAAGCUGCUGCCGCCAUGGGUGGUGGAGAGUUGUCAUGGAUUGGACGUGGUAAUGUCGAUCAGCAAAGACAACGGAAUUUGAUGAUGAAGCAACUUCUGACAGAGAUUUUGUUACGUGAUGGUGGUAUACUACUGUUGCUUGGUUCGCGAGGUGCUGGAGAAGAAGGUGCUCUCAGAAAGUACUUCAUGGACUGGAAAACUCAGCAGCAGUUCUUACUUGAAGCUGCUCAUAAGUGUCAAGAAUCUGGGCUAUAUGAUAAAUCUAUAGAAAUUCACAAGAGGGUUGGAGCUUUUGCAAUGGCAUUAGAGACUAUCAAUAAAUGUCUGUCAGAGGCCAUCUGUGCUAUGUUGCGGGGUACAUUAGAUGGUGAAAGUCAAACUGCUGGUUUAAUUCAUUCUGGCAAUGAUAUAUUGGAUACAUUCAAAUAUUCUUCUGAAGCUAGUCUUCAGGAGAAGGACCAAAUCGGUGAACAGCAGAUAGUAUUAAGACAACUGGAAGCGAUUUUAUUUGUCCACAACUUAGCGAGAGCUGGCCAGCAUGUUGAUGCUCUUAGGGAGAUUUGCAAGCUCACUUUCCUUCCGUUAAAUCCUCGUUCAACAGAUGUUACAAAUGAUGCCUUUAGGAAUCUCUCCCCCUAUGUUCAAGCAUGUGUCCCAGAUCUUCUCAAAGCUGCUCUAACUUGUCUAGACAAUGUGACUGACACCGAUGGAACACUUCGUGCCUUAAAGUCUAAGAUAGCAAGCUUUGUAGCAAACAACAUGACAAGGAACUGGCCACAUGACUUGUAUGAAAAGGUUGCACAAAGCAUAUGAUAAAUUAGCAUUGACUGCCGUCAUGGAUCAACGACAAACUAGUUUUUCAGACCACCACCACCUUAUCACCUUUUUUUUGGUAAGUAUCUGUAUCUUCCAUGAAAUCCAUACCUAAAUUGUCUUGUAGUCUUCCCUGGAUUUUGGGCCAUGUUUCUGAUGGUAUGCUGACUUCAAUUGCAUGCUCAUGUAUGGAACUACAAUUAUAAUUUUAGUUGAAGUUUUGCUUCUUGA